UUAACUUCGCCGCUGAGGCUUGUGGCUGUUCGAGAACGGCCACGCAUACACACCCCCCUGCCUCAGGUGGGCUUUUUUGAUCGCUUCCUCUCUCGCUGUACCUGUCACAUCCUGAAAUUCCUACCUUCUACCACCUACUGCUUUGAGGCAUUGAGACCAAUGUGAUUGAGUUUCACAGUUUCGCCUGCAGACGUCCAGUCUCUGUCUUGCUCCAAUGGCCGGCUUCGAUCCCUUGAGAUCUACUUGAGGUAGACAAGACUUUACAACCUGCUUUUCCUAUCCGAGCAACAGCUCAAGGCACCAUGCCUUUGAAAUGUGGACUUCUUCUUGGCCUAUUCCUCUUUGCUGUACCAGUAAUAGCUACCAAAGAAGGAAACAGACAGAGCCAAGCAGCAGAGGCUGUCAGCUCUCUGCACCUGGUUGAACUGCUGAGCUCAUCCAAGCAGGCAUCCAGGAUCAGGUCCAUAUUUGAACUGGAGAGGCAUCGCACCAAGAGGUCAGCCUUUUUCCACUCAGGGGUUAAAGUGUGCCCCCAGGAGACCCUCAGGGAAGUUAUAGCCAGUCAUCAGGCCUACUACAAACUGAGAGUAUGCCAGGAGGCGGUAUGGGAGGCAUUCCGGAUCUUUUUCGACAGAAUUCCCGGCACCAGUGAAUAUCAGAAAUGGGUCCAUACGUGUCAGCACGACUCACUCUGCAUCUCGGACUUGGCCCAGAACUUCAGCAGCUCUGAAGAGCACAUGGACAUGGUGUACAGGAGAAUGAAUCUGCCAAGAGACAGGUUUCUGGAAAGAGAAGAUACAACGACAAAGACGGUAACAGAAUCUGCGCCAGAAGUAACGGAUGGACUUCCAGAAAGAGAAGAUACAACAACAAAGACGGUGACACAGUCUGUGCCAGAAGUACUAGACAGAUUUCCAGACAGAGAAGACACAGCAAAGUCAGCAACAGAGCCUGUGCCAGUUGUGAGAGACAGACUUCCAGAAAGAGAAGACAUAACGGCUAAGUCAGUAACAGAAUCAGGGCCAGAAGUAACAGAUGGACCUCCAGAAAGAGAAGACACCACUGUUAAGUCGGUAACAGAGCCUGUGCCAAUAGUAACAGAAGAACCAGAGGAGGUCCCAGUCCAGCCUGAGUUCCCAAUAGAUUCAUCUGAGCCCAGUACUACCCCUCCCAGCAUCCCAACAGAGCCAGUGGAAACCUCAGAAGACUUUGAAGAGGAAACUACUGACGUCCCAGAGGAGGAGUUGGAGAUGCCCAACGUGGUGCCUGAGGAGCUGGUGGUGCAGGUAGUGGAGUUCAGUAUAAGCCUGGUGGACCCUGGGUACAGGGAACUGCUUGGUGAUGCAGAUUCACCUCAGUACCACGACCUCUCACGCCACCUACAAGACCAGAUGCAACAUGUUUUUGAUGACUUGCCGGGGUUUAAAGACAUCCAAGUGCUGGGAAUCAGCGAGACGGAAGGGAAUGAUGGAUCUGGAGGAAUAUCAGUGCACUAUGCAGUUAUCUUCGAGAUUAUUGCACCUGACAUUGGAGAGGACAGCCUGGAGGACACCAUAAGUGCAGCAGGUGGACCUAGCCUGAGGGAGACUAUGAAAAAAGCACUUGCUGAGGAGGCCUCUCUGCCAAUCGACCUUGAUACGCUGUCCUUUGAUCCAGGCAAAACUUUGACAUCAACUUCAACACCAGCCUCUGAAGUCUUAGAGGACGUUGCAACUGAGAUCCCUGAGACAGAAACUUACGAUGACCUAGGCAUAUCAACAGAAAAGCCAGAGAUUGUGGAAACUCCUCUUUCUCCAAUCAAAGAUGUUAUUGACCUAGAUACACUGUUAAAUCCAACGGCUACUACAGAAACAAGUGUCUUUCAAACUACACUGCCAACAAGUGAACCUGAAGAGGGGAUGUUUAUCACCCACAUGAUUGAAACAAUAACAGGAGAAAAUGGUGAGCUCAUAAGAGACCUUUUCCCCACACCACCACCACAUGUACUCAGUGAGCCACCAAGUGAGGAUGCUAGCGAAGAGGGGACAGAUGCCCCAGACAAUGAUCAGACUCCAAACCUCAUUUCAGAGGAUGACUUACCAUUACCACCAAUCGAUGAACAUCUUGAUAAGCCAUUCCCAGACAGAGACUUGAGUCCUAACAUGAUACCAGAGGAUGACAUCAUUUCAACCUCAGUCACCACAAUGCAGAUUUUGCUCACCACAGCAACAGUACCACCUACCUCUGAGGACACUGACUUACCAGUUACAACAGAUUGGGCCAUGACCUUACAGCCUCCUACUGAGCCUUUAGAGUCACUGACUAAGGAGGAAGAAGAAUCAAACACACUUCCAAUUGAGGAAGAGACACAUAUGCCCGAGCCAGACAGAGAAGAUGAGGUAAUAGAAGAUCCUAGUUCAGAUAUAACUAAGUCUGUGAAAGGGCCUGAAGAGUUUCAGGAACCUGGUGAGACAGCAGAACCCACAGAAAAUGAAGACCUUUCUGCAGGUGAAAUCUCUGAAGGAGAGCAUGAAGCUGGUCCAUCAGAACCUGAGGGACAAGAUGAGGCAGCAGACACAGAAGAGGCUGUGGUAACAAAGCUUGAAGAAGAGACUGAAUUAAUAGAACCUGAAAAGACUGAGGAAGAGGUUAAAGUAACAGAACCUGAAGAAAAUGUUAAGGUAAUAGAACCCAAAGAAGACACUGAGAUAACAGAACCUGAAGAAAAUUUUAAGGUAAUAGAACCCAAAGAAGACACUGAGAUAACAGAACCUGAAGACAACGCUGAGAAAACACAACCCAAAAAAGAGGUUGAGGUAAAAGAACCCAAAGAAGUAGAUGUUACAGAAGCCAAAGAAGAAGUUGAGGUAACACUACCAAAAAAAGAGGCUGAGGUAACGGAACCCAAAAAAGAAGGUGAGGCAGUAGAACACAAGAAAGAGGUUGAGGUAACAGAAGCCAAAAAAGAGGUUCAGGUAACACUACCCAAAACAGACGUUGAGGUAACAGAACCCAAAAAAGAGGCUGAAGCAACAGAACCUGAAGAGGAGAUUGAGAAGAAAGGUGAAGUAACUGAGUCUGAAGUUGAUGAUGUGAGAACAGAACAUGGAGAAAAGACUGACAUAUCAGAAUCUACAGUAAAGGUUGAAGAGACAGAACCAUCAAAAGACACUGAUGUAACAGAACAUGAGGGAGACAUUGGGGUAACAGAACCUGGGGAAGAGACUGAGAUAGUAGAACCUGAAGAUGAAGUUAAAGUAGUAGAACAUGAAGGGGAGGGUGAGGUUGAUGUUGAAAGAACAGAAAUAGAAGAGAUUGGGGUAGCAGGACCAGAAGAAAUAGCAGAAGUAACAGAACGUGAGGAAGACACUGAAUCAGUGAAACAUGAGAUAAAACCUGAGGUUGAAGAAACUGUCAAAGAUCAUGAGGUAGGACACCCUGAGAAAAAAGGUGAAGCAGCAGAACCAGGUGUAAAGGUUGAGGCAACAUCACCGGAAGAAGGGGCUGAUUUAUCAAAACCUUGGGAAGAAAAGGAAGCAGCAAAAUCCAAAGAAGAGGUUGAAACACCAGAACAAAAGGAAGAAUCUGAGGAUAAGGUAGCAAGUGAGGUUCCUGUACCUGACGAAGAUCCAACUGAGCUUUCUGCCAACACACCAAAGCUUGAGGACCAGGUUAAGGUAACAGAACCUGAAGAAGAGGUAGCAAGUGAAGCUCUUGUACCUGAGGAAGAACCAACUGAGCUUCCUGCCAACAUACCAAAGCUUGAGGACCAGGUUAAGGUACCAGAAUCUGAGGAAGAGGUAGCAAGUGAAGCUCCUGUACCUGAGGAAGAAACAGCUGAGCUUCCUAUCAACAUACCAAAGCUUGAGGAUCAGGUUAAGGUACCAGAAUCUGAGGAUGAGGUAGCAAGUGAAACUCCUGUACCUGAGAGAGAACCAACUGAGCCUCCUACUGAUAUGAUUAAGAUUAUUCCACCAGAUAUUUCCAGAGACACUGAGCCUGGUGGGGGCAUUGAUUAUUAUGAUAAUCAUUACCCCGAUGAGCCUGCAAAUCUGCCCUUUAUUCCCACAGAGGAUAAAGAGGAUGUAAGCCAGCCUGAGCAUGUGGAUCAUCCCAAAGAUGAACAUUCUGAAGUCCCAGUUGUCAAGGAAGAUGCAGAAGCACCUUCUGAAGUAACAGAGGUCAUAACAGCAGAGCCAUAUGAGGAUACCACAGCUGGUGUUCAGCCUGGUGAAACAACUAUAACAGAAGCACAACCUGAUGAAAACACUGAGACAGCUCUACAAGAAGAUGAAGUGCCAUCACCUGCUGAGGAUUCUGAAAUGAUCAAGAGAGAUGAGAACACCAGUGAAACACCAGUCAUUCUUAAAAUGCCAGAAGAAGUCACUGAAUCAGUCCCAGAACAGCCCCCUGCAACAGAGGCUCCUCCAACAAUUACAUCAGCACCUGCUCUGGAGGAAGAGGAAUUGCCUACAACCAUAUCUGUAGAUGUGGAGGACGUUGAACCUGUGGAGACUGGAGAAAUGGAUGGAACAGAGGUGGCUUCACCGAAGGAUGACUUAGACACUGUAGUGCAAGAUCUAGCUGGAGAGCUGGAUCAGAUGGAUGUGGUGAGCACAGAGACCAUCGAUCUGCUGAGUUAUGGAACUGGGUAUACUUUCCCCAAUGAAGAACAUCCAUUCGAGAGCACAGUUGCUCCGCCACUGAAGUAUUUGACGACGCCUUCGAUGACCACAGCUAGCAAAGGCAAAGAGCUAGUGGUGUUCUUCAGUUUGCGGGUCACAAACAUGAUGUUCUCUGAUGACCUCUUUAACAAGAGCUCUCCUGAAUACAGGUCUUUGGAAAACAGAUUCAUUGAACUGCUGCUGCCAUACCUGCAGUCUAACCUAACAGGCUUCAAGCAGCUGGAGAUUCUCAACUUCAGGAACGGGAGCGUGGUGGUCAACAGCAAAAUGAAAUUUGCCAAGUCUGUGCCAUACAACAUCACCCAAGCCGUCCACUGUGUUCUGGAGGACUUCUGUAAUGCAGUUGCCCAGCGCCUUGACAUGGAGAUCGACAGCCGUACGCUAGAUGUUGAGCCAGGUGAUCAAGCUGACCCUUGCAAGUUUCUGGCCUGCAAUGAGUUCUCGCGCUGCGUGGUGAACCGCUGGACGAAGGAGGCCGAGUGUCUGUGCGAACCAGGAUAUGUCACGGUGGAUGGACUGCCCUGCCAGAGCCUCUGCAUCGCCCAGCCUGAUUUCUGUCUCAAUGGCGGAGAGUGUGAAAUUGUACCUGGGCAUGGCGCGGCUUGCAGAUGUCCCAUAGGUAAAUUCUGGCACUUUAACGGGGAGAGAUGUGCCGAGUUGGUCUCCAUGCCUCUAGACCCUUUUCUUUUCCUAGCCUGCCUCGUGGGGGCCCUCACCUUUGUUUUUGCCAUCAUUGCACUCUUGAUAUCUAUGUUCAGGAAAUGUGUACGGACCAGAAAGACACUGGCUUUAGUAAACCGCGACUCCACCACACUGCCAGGUCUGACAAGUUAAUCAUAUAGACAGCAGAUCUCGACAGUGUUAUAGCUCUCAAUGAGAACCAAGACCGCCGAAUGAGUACAAGACUUGAUAUGUUUGUCGAAGACCAAAGAGUGUUAGGAAUGUGAACGCUGAUAAUGAAAUGUUUCAUUCUGAGCCCUGGAGAAAGCUGCCGAUUCAGACUGCUGCAUAUGCAUCUCCUUUGACAUUCACCAAGCAUGACGCCGGCGCCGUUUAUGUUUAGGGAGUGUGGGAGGGCAUUAUUCACAUUUUCAAGCAACUACACAAAGUCAUGAGGUACUUAUCAGCGAAAAAGGUGCAGAAGUCAAAGGGGAUGACAUCAAUUUGGUCAAGGUGGGGACAUUAAGGGACUGCUCACAGAUGGUAAAAGAGGGCUUUCAGCUAUUGUUUUCCUCACAAUGAGGCCAUCACUGUUCUGUCCGUCCUGGGAAGAGCCCCAUAAUUAUGUCUUCAAAAGUUGUUAACUUGCUUUCAAUGUUCUCGAACAAAAAUGUGUUUUUUUGUGGCGUGCUUUGGUUUUCUAACUGUCUUAAAAAUAGUACCUUAGUGUGGCAUCAGUGGAGCCAAAAUUCGUAUUGCGAAAGAAUCAAACGUCUUUUCUGAGUCAUUUACAUUUGUUCGAUAGCGAUCUCCGUUAAUUAUUCUUAGCUGCAGUUAAGGAUUGUGCGAAUGCUCUAGGCUCUUUGGUUUACAUUGUUAGAGUUAAUGGCUUUUUGCUGUUAAUUGUUCUUUCGGCGUUGGAAUACAGUCAUUGUUAUGUUUCAAAGCCUCAUUG